UUUUUUUAGCAAUGCCAUGGUUCGGUAUGGACAUUGGUGGCACACUUUGUAAAUUAGUAUACUUCGAGCCUAAGUACAUAACAAAAGACGAGGCAGACGCCGAGGUUGAAACGUUAAAGAAUAUUCGUCAAUAUUUGACCAAGAACUCAGCGUAUGGCAAAACUGGUCAUCGCGAUGCACAUCUACAGAUGGAUGACGUUUGCAUCAGGGGUAGAUGGGGUACGCUGCACUUUAUCCGUUUCCCGACAAGCGAGAUGGGCAACUUCCUCGCUCUCGCCAAGUCCAAGGGCAUGGCAAAUCUCGUGACGACGGUGUGCGCCACGGGAGGUGGCGCCUACAAGUUCGAGGAUAACUUCAAGAAGGAGGUGAACCUCAGCUUGGCCAAGUUCGACGAGCUCGACAGCCUUAUCCGAGGCAUGCUGUACAUCGAGAUGACGAAUCCCUGCGAGUGCUACUACUGGGCCAAUCCGACCGACGAUGAGAAAUGCCUGAAGGUGCCCUAUGACUUCUCGAAACCCUAUCCGUUCUUGCUUGUGAAUGUCGGCUCUGGUGUUAGUGUACUUGCCGUACAAAGUCCCAACGAUUACAGAAGAAUAAGCGGUACUAGUUUGGGUGGAGGUACGUUUUUGGGAUUAUGUUGUUUGUUGACUGGUUGCAAUACAUUUGAAGAAGCGAUAGAGUUGGCUACCAGCGGCGAUAGCACCAAGGUUGACAAACUAGUCAAGGACAUUUACGGAGGGGACUACUGUCGCUUCGGCUUGCAAGGAGAUACAGUUGCAAGCAGUUUUUUCGAUGUCCGUAGUUUUGGACAGAUGAAUUCGAAAGACAGACGAAAUACAGUGUCGAAGGAGGACCUCGCUCGCGCGACUCUUGUUACCAUCACCAAUAAUAUUGGUUCUAUUGCAAGGAUGUGUGCCCUCAAUGAAAAAAUCGAAAGGGUAGUGUUUGUCGGAAAUUUUUUACGAGUAAAUCCUAUUUCCAUGAAGUUACUAUCCUAUGCAAUGGAUUUUUGGUCUAAAGGAACACUUAAAGCUCUCUUUUUGGAGCACGAGGGAUAUUUUGGUGCUGUAGGAUGUUUAUUACAAUUCACUGGUGAUACCAGCUAAGCUCGUUUGUUACACCGCGUAAUGCUCAAAUGAAAAUAUAGGGACUUUUUUAAGCAUCAAGUAAACAAUUUACAAGGAAUAGUUGAUUUAAUUGUUUCUUGUAUACGCGUUUAAUUGUCAGCGUAUUUAAUAAUAAUUGUACACUUGUACAUAAAUAUACAUCAUUCCAGUUGUAAAAGGCCACGGGUGAACUAUAAAUUUACUUUUAGUUAUUUAUUUAAAUUGCACGUUUAUUGUUUUUAAGAGCAAGCAAAAUAAUAUAGAUGAAAAGUCUAUUACGAUUAUCUCGAUUGUUAGAUAUAUUUAUUGCCAAAUGAAAGUGAUUUCCUUAAUACGGAAGUAGCACAAUUUUUCAAAGUCGUUUUGUACUUUUUGAUCGUUGUACAUAUUUCUUACAAGUACAUGUAUUGAUUAGCGCUUGGGCAGUCAACCUUGUAGUUAACUUUGUUUUUGGUUUGCUGAAGUAUUCACUUUUAAAGAAUCUAUACGAAUGUUUUUUCAUACGAUAGUUGAACGCGGUACAUAUUAUUCCUGUAUACGUUAACUUGGAAUUGUAAAAAUAAUUUUCUAUUUGUUAAUAGGAUCUUCUCACUUGUUAAUGUUAUUUGCAAGUCGUUUACCAAUCAUAUGUCUGCAAUGUUGUAUUGGAUUUGAUAGAGAAUGUUUGUCAUAAUAUAUAUAUAUAUACACAUGCAA